AUGUCCAACUCCUCCCAUCAAGAUACGCCUUUCCGUUUUCUCCACCUCCCCUUUGACAUUCGGGAGCACAUUUACAUCGCCUUCUUAUCUCUUGGAGAUUCAUCCAGAGUCCCAGAGGAUCACACUCCCGAGAGGCGUCGGCCAGUCAUGCGGAACAACGGAACCAGCACACCCAUCGUCUACGCCCUUCUCACGUCUCCCACUCCGUCGACUACCCACCUGCUUCUCGCAAACCGGCAGCUCUACUCAGAGUUCUCCUCCACCGUCGAGACACGCCGCUCAACCCUCACAUACACACUAGACAUCCUCGCGACAGGUCACUCCAUCUAUCCUACAUGGAUCUCCUUUCCCGCCCCUCGUCGAUACAUAUCCCGUGUUUUUGUCAAUUAUAGAGCCGACAGAUGGGGCGAACCUGUGCCCCGCCGGCAGCCGAUGCAUUCCGCGGGCUUGAACCUCAUUGUUGGCCUCCUUCAGAUUCUAUCCGGCUUUCUCUAUUACGGCCCUACAUUCCAUCCCGCGAACUUGGAACAUCCCCUCCCUGUACAACCGUCCAUAGUUCUCCAUGAGCUCGUCGUUGGAUACGUUCGGGAGGGUCCGGAUAGAAGCAGAGGUCCUCUCGGGUCGGCAACAUGGGUCGAACCCAAGGGCAGUCCCGAGGACGAAGAUGGAAAGACACUUGUCGAGCAGAUCGAUGACCAUAUUAACAUGGGUUUGCUUUAUGGGAGAGUAAAGAAGGUAAAAGUAAUGUGCGAGGGAUGGGCGAAGUACUGGGAGGUGCCAGACGACUGGGAUGAGGAACUCGGGAUUGACGACGUUUUCAAUGCAAAGCGCUACUCGAGUUCGUACGACUGUUGUCUUUCUGGGUCAUCCCAUUUCGGUCAUAUACGUCUCCCGCUCCAGGAUGGCUAUGAGGCCAUGAUUGCAGUGAUUCGGUAG